AUGGAGGCUGCUAGGGCAGCUGCUGAGGAUGCCCAUCGGCAGCACAUGGAGGCACUCCGUCAGCUGGAGAAGAACAGGGCGACUGCCCCUGUGUUUGGCCCAGAGCCAAGACCACUAGUCAGAGAGUGGAGUCUGGAAGACUUCCUGAAACACCAUCCCGUGAAGUUCGACGGGAAGACUAGUCCAGAUGCAGUCGAUCAGUGGCUGAAGGACCAGGAGAGAAUUUUUGAUGCGAAGAUGUGCCCGCAUGAAGUCCAUCAUGGAGGAGCGAGGAAAGCCUAUGACUUGGGAGGCCUUCAAGGGGGAUUCGUCUCCGAGUACUUUCCAGAUAGUGUCAGAUAUGCCAAGGAGGUGGAGUUCCUCCAACUCACUCAGGGAGGGAAGUUUGUGACGGAAUAUGCUAAGAGGUUCAAACACCUCAGCCGCUUCUAUACAUUGCCGCUUGACGAGGAGUGGCGAUGCCAGAAAUUUGAGAACGGCCUCAGGGGAGAUAUCCGCUUGAUGGUAGCCCCUCUAUCGAUCAAGGACUUUGCUGCAUUGGUGGAGAAGGCCAGAGUGAUGGAAAAGAUGAAGAAUGAGGUGGAGGGCCAGCAAUCUCAACAACCUCAGAGGAUUGGUGGACCAUCUGGGUCCAAGCCCAGACAUGACGAGCGGAGGAGAUCAUAUGACAAACCUCCCCAUCAUCCUCAAGGGUCUAGGGGUCUUCCUCCCCAGCAGGGUCGAGUCCAGUGCUAUAUAUGUGGAGGUCCUCACCUGAGGAGCGCUUGCCCACGCAUGGAGGGCUACUGCAGAUGCAACAACUGUGGAGCAGAAGCGACUGAUUCAGGUAACUUGGUUAUGGGUUGUUGCACGAUAGCUGGUGUGUCUUGCUGUGUAUUGUAUGAUUCUAGAGCGACACACUCCUUUGUGUCAGAUGAUUGUGUGAAAUGUCUGGGUCUACCGGUGUGCGAGCUACAGUGCGAGCUCGCGGUGUCUACUCUGGCGUCGAGAUUGGUCACGAUGUCGUCCUUGUGUGCUAGGUGUCCAGUGAAGGUGGAGAGACGUAGAUACAAGGUGAACCUAAUCUGCCUGCCACUACAAGACUUGGAAGUGAUCUUAGGGAUGGAUUGGCUCUCUGCCAAUCGCGUCCUUAUAGACUGUCAGGAGAAGAGGUUGUUAUUUCCCGAUUUAGAGGAGCUCGAGUUGGUGUCCCCUCAGGGAGUGGUGAGGGAGAUUCAGAAUGGCGCGCAAUGCUUCGUAAUCUUCGCCCGUAUGGAAGUGGAGGAAAGAGAAGAAACAUCAGUUAUACCUGUGGUACAUGAGUUUGAAGACGUGUUUUUGGCAGGGUUGCCUCCCAGUAGAGAAGUGGAGUUCUCUAUUGACCUGGUACCAGGAACGGGCCCGGUGUUGAUGGCUCCAUAUCGUAUGGCUCUGGCAGAAUUAGUGGAACUCAAGAAACAUAUAGAAGAGCUGAUGGAGAAAUAG